AUGCAGUGCAUCAUUGCAAGUGAGGCGAGUUCUCAGAGAUGCCUAAGAGGUCAUAGUUUUCCUAUUAGUGCUAAGGAAAUUCUCACAAAAGAAUCAAAUGUGCAAGAGGUACGUUGCCCUGUCACUGUCUGCGGGGAUGUCCACGGUCAAUUCCACGAUCUUAUGGAACUCUUUAGAAUUGGUGGGAAAUCGCCGGACACAAAUUAUCUGUUCAUGGGAGACUACGUGGAUAGAGGCUAUUACUCGGUGGAAACAGUGACUCUUCUAGUAGCAUUAAAGGUGCGUUACCCAGAACGCAUUACAAUACUGAGGGGAAAUCACGAAAGCAGACAAAUUACACAAGUGUAUGGCUUUUAUGAUGAGUGUCUGCGGAAGUAUGGAAACGCCAAUGUCUGGAAGUAUUUCACGGAUCUGUUUGACUAUCUUCCUCUUACGGCUCUAGUAGAUGGUCAGAUAUUCUGUCUCCAUGGUGGCCUCUCUCCAUCGAUAGAUACACUGGAUCAUAUCAGGGCUCUGGACCGCCUGCAGGAAGUUCCACAUGAGGGGCCCAUGUGUGAUCUGUUAUGGUCAGAUCCGGAUGACCGUGGUGGCUGGGGUAUAUCUCCUCGAGGUGCUGGCUACACGUUUGGGCAAGAUAUUUCUGAAACAUUUAACCAUGCCAAUGGUCUUACACUGGUCUCCCGUGCUCACCAACUUGUCAUGGAGGGUUAUAAUUGGUGCCACGAUCGGAACGUGGUUACCAUUUUCAGCGCGCCCAAUUACUGCUACCGUUGUGGGAACCAGGCUGCUAUCAUGGAACUAGAUGACACUUUAAAAUAUUCCUUCCUUCAGUUUGACCCAGCACCUCGUCGUGGAGAGCCUCAUGUUACCCGUCGUACCCCAGACUACUUCCUAUAAAUGUCUCCUAACCUCUGUAGAAGGAAGUACACCUGGCAUUUUAAAGAGCAACAAUAUUUACACGUUUCUGUAAGAAAUCGGGGUUCGUCUCAGCUUAAAAUCCCCAUCAUGGACCAAAAUGUGCCAUACUGAGGAUGAAGAGUGUUUAGCACAACUUGAGACUGAAUUCCUUACAACACUAUAUAUCCUAUACCAAUCAGUCCAACAGUCAGUUUGCCUGCUGUAUUUGUAGUCAUUGUUUUUUGGGGGUUUUUUGUUUUUCUUUUCCUUCUGGACUGUUUGGAGAGAAAAGAUAACUCUAACACUUCCAUCUCCUUUUAUGCUUCUUUGUGAAUUUUUAGUUCUAGUGGUUAACUGGCAUGAAGUAGCGUUCGGAGUUUAUUUUUUAAGGGACACUAACUUCUUAACCUGCCACUCUCCUUUAUGGAAAGGCGACCGACUUAACUGGAGCAAGGGAACAACUCCGGGGGGGUUGGGGGGGGUGGGAGAGGGCGGCAUUCCCUUUCCGAGCUCCGUUCCCAAUCUGUGCUGACCUUCCUUUUUUUUGUUGUUGUUGUUGUUGUUGUUGUUUCUGUUUGGUUUGGUUCCCCCCCACCCCGCUCCCAAAACCGUAUCUUGGUCAUGGAAGUGCUUUUGCCUCGGUGUAUCGGAACGAAUAAACUCGGCCCUUGUCGGCCCCCCCGC